UGGGGCAGCGAGUGUUUGGAGCGGACUGGCGCGUGAUGCUUGGCGCGCAUGGGCAGACGCGCCGCAUGGUCUGCCUUACUUCUUGCUCCCGAGUCGGAAGCUGCGCGGUCAAGCCAGGUUUGAACCGGAAGCGGGAAUAGUGCGUGGACGCCUGGAUCGAGCUGCUGUUGCCGCGGGGGACGUAGUUUUAAUCAGCGAGCAUUUGUUGAGGCUUAAACUACCGUCGCGUGGUUAAGAGCGUGGGCUCUGGAAACACACUGCUGGAGUUCGAAAGGUGACUGUCUGUUAUGUGACCUCGCCGUACGGAUGUGAUAGCCUUGCGUGUGGUCAGAAGUCAGGAGCGUUCGCUGCUGUUUUUACCAGGCACUGUGUUAAACAUGUACAUGAAUCCAUAGAUAACUCUUUGAGGCAAUGAUGUGUUUUCUGAAAUUCUAAACCAUGAGUCUAGCACUUCAUGAUCUUCUUAUGUGCUGCCGACAACUAGAACAUGAUAGAGCUACAGAACGAAGGAAAGAGGUUGAGAAAUUCAAGCGCCUGAUUAGGGAUCCUGAAAACAUUAAACAUUUAGAUCGGCAUUCAGAUGCCAAACAAGGGAAAUAUUUGAAUUGGGAUGCUGUGUUUAGAUUUUUACAGAAAUAUAUUCAGAAAGAAACAGAAUGUCUGAGAACAGCAAAACCAAAUGUAUCAACCUCAACACAAGCCACAAGGCAGAAAAAGAUGCAAGAAAUCAGUAGCUUGGUCAAAUACUUCAUCAAAUGUGCAAAUAAAAGAGCACCCAGGCUCAAAUGUCAAGAACUCUUGAAUUAUGUCAUGGAUACAGUGAAAGAUUCGUCUAAUGGUGCCAUUUAUGGAGCCGAUUGUAGCAACAUACUGCUCAAGGACAUUCUUUCAGUGAGAAAAUAUUGGUGUGAAAUAUCUCAGCAACAGUGGCUAGAAUUGCUCUCUAUGUACUUCAAGCUGUAUCUUAAACCUUCACAAGACAUUAAUAGGGUUUUAGUGGCUAGAAUAAUUCAAGCUGUGACUAAAGGAUGCUGUUCGCAAACUGAUGGAUUAAAUUCCAAAUUUUUGGAAUCUUUUUCCAAGGCUAUUCAGCAUGCAAGACAAGAAAAGAGCUCUGCAGGUCUAAAUCAUAUUUUGGCAGCAUUUAUUAUCUUCCUCAAGACUUUGGCUGUUAACUUUCGAAUUCGAGUGUGUGAAUUAGGAGAUGAAAUUCUUCCUACCUUGCUUUAUAUUUGGACUCAACAUAGACUUAAUGAUUCCUUAAAAGAAGUCAUUAUUGAAUUAUUUCAACUACAAAUUUAUAUCCAUCAUCCAAGGGGAGCCAAAACCCAAGAAAAAGGUGCUUAUGAAUCAAGAAAAUGGAAAAGUAUCUUAUACAACUUAUAUGAUCUGCUAGUUAAUGAGAUAAGUCAUAUAGGAAGCAGAGGGAAAUAUACUUCAGGAUCUCGUAAUGUUGCUGUCAAGGAAAAUUUGAUUGAAUUGAUGGCAGAUAUUUGUCACCAGGUUUUUGAUGAAGAUACCAGAUCUUUGGAGAUUUUUCAGUCUUACACUACCACACAAAGAGAAUUUAAUGAUUCCAGUGCACCUUGCAAAAAGAGGAAAAUAGAAUUAGGCUGGGAAGUAAUAAAAAAUCAUCUUCAGAAGUCUCAGAAUGAUUUUGAUCUUGUGCCCUGGCUACAGAUUGCAACCCAGUUAAUAUCAAAAUAUCCUGCAAGUUUACCUGAUGGUGAGCUAUCACCAUUACUGACGAUACUAUACCAGCUUCUACCUCAGCAGCGACGUGGGGAACGCACACCAUAUGUGUUACGAUGCCUUAUGGAAGUUGCAUUGUGUCAAGGCAAGAAAUCAAACCUAGAAAGCUCACAAAAGUCAGAUUUAUUGAAACUUUGGAUUAAAAUUUGGUGUAUUACCUUUCGUGGUAUAAGUUCUGAACAAAUACAAGCUGAAAACUUUGGCUUACUUGGAGCCAUAAUUCAAAGCAGUUUAAUUGAGGUUGAUAGAGAAUUCUGGAAGUUAUUUACUGGGUCAGCAUGCAAACCUUCAUGUCCUGCAGUAUGCUGUUUGACUUUGGCACUGACCAUUUGUGUAGUGCCAGAAACAGUAAAAACAGGAAUGGAGCAGAAUAUAUGUGAAGUAAAUAGAAGUUUUGCUUUAAAAGAAUUGAUAAUGAAAUGGCUCUUAUUCUGUCAGUUAGAGGAUGACUUUGAAGACAGUACAGAGCUGCCUCCAAUUCUUCACAGUAAUUUUCCUCAUCUUGCACUGGAGAAAAUUCUUGUGAGUCUCACUAUGAAAAACUGUAAAGCUGCAAUGAAUUUUUUCCAAAGUGCACCAGAAUGUGAAAAACACCAAAAAGGUCAAGAAGAGCCUUCAUUCUCAGAAGUUGAAGAACUGUUUCUUCAGACAACUUUUGACAGGAUGGAUUUUUUAACCAUUGGAAAAGAAUAUGCUGUAGAAAAGCACCAACCUAGUAUAGGCUUUUCUGUCCACCAAAAUCUCAAGGAAUCACUGGAUCACUAUCUCCUGGGAUUAUCAGAACAGCUUCUAAAUAACUACUCAUCUGAGACUACAGAUUCAGAAACGCUUGUCCGGUGUUCAAGUCUUUUGGUGGGUGUUCUGGGCUGCUAUUGUUAUGUGGGUGUAAUAGCUGAAGAGGAAGCAUACAAAUCAGAAUUAUUCCAUAAAGCCAAGUCUUUAAUGCACUGUGCAGGAGAAAGUAUCACUCUGUUUAAAAAUAAGCCACAUGAGGAAUCUAGAAUUGUUUCACUGAGAAAUACGAUGCAUCUAUGUACAAGAUGCUUGUGUAACUGUACCAAGCACAGUCCAAAUAAGAUUGCAUCUGGCUUUUUCCUGCGAUUGUUAACAUCAAAGCUAAUGAAUGAUGUUGCAGAUACUUGUAAAAGUUUAGCAUCCUUUACCAAAAAGCCACUUGACUGUGGAGAAGUAGAAUCAAUGGAAGAUGAUACUGAUAAAAAUCUGAUGGAGACGGAGGAUCAGUCAUCCAUGAAUCUAUUUGAUGAUGACCCUACUGGUAGUAUUAGUGAUGCAAAUGAAUCUGGAGAGAGCCAAAGUGCUAUUGGUGCCAUCAGUCCGUUAGCUGAAGAACAUCUGUCAAAGCCAGAUCUACUUUUUUUAGACAUGCUCAAGUUCUUGUGUAUGUGUGUAACUACUGCUCAGACCAAUACUGUGUCAUUUAGAGCAGCUGAUAUUCGGAGGAAGUUGUUAAUGUUAAUUGAUUCUAGCAUGCUAGACCCUACUAAAUCUCUCCACCUACACAUGUAUCUAGUGCUUUUAAAGGAGCUUCCCGGAGAAGAAUAUCACUUGCCAAUGGAAGAUGUUGUUGAACUUCUAAAACCACUAUCCAACUUGUGUUCUUUCUAUCGCCGUGACCAAGAUGUUUGUAAGACAGUUUUAAACCACAUCCUUCAUGUUGUGAUGAAUUUAUGUCAAGGCAAUAUGGAUUCUGAGACCACAAGGGAUGCUCAAGGACAUUUUCUAACAGUGAUUGAAGCAUUUUGGCAAUUAACAAAGGAGGGGAAAUGCACAUUCUCUGUAAGAAUGGCCCUAGUAAAAUGCCUUAAAACCUUGCUUGAGGUCGAUCCUUAUUCAAAAUGGGCUAUUCUUAAUGUAAAGGGAAAAAACUUUCCCAUAAAUGAAGUAUUUCCACAAUUUCUUGCUGAUAGUCAUCACCAAGUUCGCAUGUUGGCUGCAGAGUCAAUCAAUAGAUUAUUCCAGGAUAUGGAACAAGGAAGUUCUUCCAGGUUAUUGAAAGCACUUCCUUUGAAGCUUCAGCAAACAGCUUUUGAAAAUGCAUACUUGAAAGCUCAGGAAGGAAUGAGAGAAGUGUCCCACGAAGCUGAGAACCCUGAACUUUUGGAUGAUAUUUAUAAUAGAAAAGCUGUUUUACUGAUGAUGAUAGCUGUGAUUUUAUACUGUAGCCCUGUCUGUGAGAAACAGGCUUUGUUUGCCUUGUGCAAGUCUGUGAAAGAGAAUGGAUUAGAACCUCACCUCAUUAAAAAGGUUUUAGAGAAAGUUUCUGAAACUUUUGGAUAUAGAAAUUUAGAAGACUUCAUGGCUUCUCAUUUGGAUUAUCUGGUUUUCGAAUGGCUAAAUCUUCAAGAUAGUGAAUACAGUUUAUCUUCUUUUCCUUUUAUUUUAUUAAACUACACAAAUGUUGAGGAUUUCUUUAGAUCUUGUUAUAAAGUUUUGAUUCCACAUCUGGUGAUUAGAAGUCAUUUUGAUGAGGUGAAGUCCAUUGCUAAUCAGAUUCAAGAGGAUUGGAAAAGUCUUCUAGCAAACUGCUUUCCAAAGAUUCUUGUAAAUAUUCUUCCUUACUUUGCCUAUGAGGGUACAGGAGACAGUGGAAUGGCACAGCAAAGAGAGACUGCUACCAAAGUCUAUGAUAUGCUUAAAGAUGAAAACAUAUUAGGAAAACAGAUUGAUCAUUUAUUCAGUAGUAAUUUACCAGAGAUUGUGGUGGAGUUAUUGAUGACGUUACAUGAACCAGCAACUUCUGGUGGCAGCCAAAGCACUGACCUCUGUGACUUUUCAGGAGAUUUGGAUCCUGCUCCUAAUCCACCUCAUUUUCCAUCACAUGUGAUUAAAGCGACAUUUGUCUAUAUCAGCAAUUGCCAUAAAACCAAGCUUAAAAGCAUUUUAGAAAUUCUUUCAAAAAGCCCUGAUUCCUAUCAGAAAAUUCUUCUAGCCAUAUGUGAGCAAGCAGCUGAGACAAAUAAUGUUUAUAAAAAGCACAGAAUUCUUAAAAUAUAUCACCUGUUUGUUAGCUUAUUACUGAAAGAUAUAAAAAGUGGCUUAGGAGGAGCUUGGGCCUUUGUUCUUCGAGAUGUUAUUUACACUUUGAUUCACUAUAUCAACAAAAGACCUUCUCGUUUCAUGGAUGUCUCAUUACGUAGCUUCUCCCUUUGUUGUGACCUAUUAAGCCGGGUUUGCCACACAGCAGUAACUUACUGUAAGGAUGCUUUAGAAAAUCAUCUUCAUGUUAUUGUUGGUACACUUAUACCCCUUGUGGAUGAUCAGAUGGAGGUUCAGGAACAGGUAUUGGGCUUGUUGAAAUACUUAGUGAUAGAUAACAAGGAUAAUGAAAACCUCUAUAUGACAAUUAAACUUUUAGAUCCUUUUCCUGACCACAUUGUCUUUAAGGAUUUACGUAUUGCUCAGCAGAAAAUCAAAUACAGUAGAGGACCCUUUUCACUCUUGGAGGAAAUUAAUCAUUUUCUCUCAGUAAGUAUUUAUGAUGCACUUCCAUUGACACGGCUAGAAGGACUGAAGGAUCUUCGGAGACAACUGGAGCAACAUAAAGAUCAGAUGAUGGAUCUAAGGAGAGCAUCCCAGGAUAACCCACAAGAUGACAUAAUGGUAAAGCUGGUUGUCAACUUGUUGCAGUUAUCCAAGAUGGCAAUAAACCACACUGGUGAAAGAGAAGUCUUAGAGGCUGUUGGAAGCUGCUUGGGAGAAGUGGGUCCUAUAGAUUUCUCUACCAUAGCUAUACAACAUAGUAAAGAUACAUCUUAUACCAAGGCCCUUGAGUUAUUUGAAGAUAAAGAACUUCAGUGGACCUUCAUAAUGUUGACCUACCUGAAUAAUACACUGGUGGAAGAUUGUGUCAAAGUGCGAUCGGCUGCUGUUUCCUGUUUGAAAAAUAUUUUAGCCACAAAGACUGGACAUAGUUUCUGGGAGAUUUAUAAGAAGACAACUGAUCCCAUGCUGAUCUAUCUACAGCCUUUUAGAACAUCAAGAAAAAAGUUUUUAGAAGUACCCAGACUUGGCGAAGAAAGCCGUUCAGAAGGCCUGGAUGAUACGAGCCUGUGGGUUCCUCAAAGUGAAAAUCAUGAUGUGUGGAUAAAGACACUGACUUGUGCUGUUUUGGAUAGUGGAGGCACAAAAAGUGAAAUUCUUCAGUUAUUAAAACCAAUGUGUGAAGUGAAAACUGACUUUUGUCAGACUGUGCUUCCAUACUUGAUUCAUGAUAUUUUACUCCAAGAUACAAACGAAUCAUGGAGAAAUCUGCUUUCUACACACAUUCAGCGAUUUUUUACUGACUGUUUCAGACACUCCUCACAAACGAGCCGAUCCACGACCCCUGCAUAUUUGGAUUCAGAGUCAGAGCACAUUUUCCGAUGCUGUUUGGAUAAAAAAUCACAAAGAACAAUGCUUGCUAUUGUGGACUACAUGAGGAGACAAAAGAGACCUUCCUCAGGAACAGUUUUUGAUGAUGCCUUCUGGCUGGAGUUGAAUUAUCUUGAGGUUGCCAAGGUAGCUCAGUCUUGUGCUGCCCACUUUACAGCAUUGCUCUAUGCAGAAAUCUACGCAGAUAAGAAAAGCAUGGAUGAUCAAGAGAAAAGAAGUCUUACGUUUGAAGAAGGAAGCCAGAGUACAACUAUUUCUAAUUUGAGUGAAAAAAGUAAAGAAGAAACUGGAAUAAGUUUACAGGAUCUGCUCUUAGAAAUCUACAGAAGUAUAGGAGAGCCAGAUAGUCUGUAUGGCUGUGGUGGAGGGAAAAUGUUACAACCCCUUACUAGACUACGAACAUAUGAACAUGAAGCAAUGUGGGGGAAAGCCCUAGUAACAUAUGACCUUGAGACAGCAAUCUCCUCAUCAACCCGCCAGGCAGGAAUUAUUCAGGCCUUGCAGAAUUUGGGACUCUGCCAUAUCCUUUCUGUCUAUUUAAAAGGAUUAGAUCAUGAAAAUAAAGAGUGGUGUGCUGAACUACAGGAACUUCAUUACCAAGUAGCAUGGAGAAAUAUGCAGUGGGAUCACUGUACUUCUGUCAACAAAGGAGUAGAAGGAACCAGUUACCACGAAUCAUUGUACAAUGCUCUGCAGUCUCUAAGAGACAGAGAAUUCUCCACAUUUUAUGAAAGUCUCAAAUAUGCCAGAGUGAAGGAAGUGGAAGAGUUGUGUAAGGGUAGCCUUGAGUCCGUGUAUUCACUCUACCCCACACUGGGCAGACUGCAGGCCAUCGGAGAGCUGGAAAACAUUGGGGAGCUUUUCUCAAGAUCAGUCACAGAUAGGCAGCCCUCUGAAGUCUACAUUAAGUGGCGAAAACACUCCCAGCUUCUCAAAGACAGUGAUUUUAGUUUUCAGGAGCCUAUCAUGGCUCUACGCACAGUCAUUUUGGAGAUCUUGAUGGAAAAGGAAAUGGAGAGCUCCCAAAGAGAAUGUUUUAAGGACAUUCUCACCAAGCACCUUGUAGAACUCUCCACACUAGCCCGAACUUUCAAGAACACUCAGCUCCCUGAAAGGGCAAUAUUUCAAAUUAAACAGUAUAAUUCAGCUAGUUGUGGAGUCUCUGAGUGGCAGCUGGAGGAAGCGCAAGUAUUCUGGGCCAAAAAGGAGCAGAGCCUUGCCCUGAGUAUUCUCAAGCAAAUGAUCAAGAAGUUGGAUGCCACUUGUACAGAGAAUGAUCCCAACUUAAAACUUAUAUACACAGAAUGUCUGAGGGUUUGUGGCAACUGGUUAGCAGAAACUUGCUUAGAAAAUCCGGCAGUCAUCAUGCAGACCUAUCUGGAAAAGGCAGUGGAAGUUGCUGGAAAUUGUGAUGGAGAAAGCAACGAUGAACUCAGAAAUGGAAAAAUGAAGGCCUUUCUCUCAUUAGCACGGUUCUCAGAUACUCAAUACCAGAGAAUCGAAAACUACAUGAAAUCAUCAGAAUUUGAAAAUAAGCAAGCUCUCCUGAAAAGGGCCAAAGAGGAAGUGGGGCUUCUUAGGGAACAUAAAAUUCAGAUGAACAGAUACACAGUAAAGGUUCAGCGAGAGCUGGAGCUGGAUGAAUGUGCACUCCAUGCGCUGAAGGAGGAUCGUAAACGUUUCUUAUGUAAAGCAGUUGAAAAUUACAUCAAUUGCUUAUUAAGUGGAGAAGGGCAUGAUAUGUGGAUAUUCCGUCUUUGUUCCCUGUGGCUUGAAAAUUCUGGAGUAUCUGAAGUCAAUGGCAUGAUGAAGAGAGAUGGAAUGAAGAUUCCGUCAUAUAAAUUUUUGCCUCUUAUGUACCAACUGGCUGCUAGAAUGGGGACCAAGAUGAUGGGAGGCUUAGGAUUUCAUGAAGUCCUCAAUAAUCUCAUCUCUAGGAUUUCAAUGGAUCACCCCCAUCAUACUUUGUUUAUUAUACUGGCAUUAGCAAAUGCAAACAAAGAUGAAUUUUUGACAAAACCAGAGGUAGCAAGAAGAAGUAGAAUAACUAAAAAUGCACCUAAACAAAGCUCUCAGCUUGAUGAGGAUCGAACUGAGGCUGCAAACAAAAUAAUACGUUCUGUCAGAAGUAGAAGACCUCAGAUGGUCAGAAGUGUUGAGGCACUUUGUGAUGCUUAUAUUAUAUUAGCAAACUUAGAUGCCACUCAGUGGAGGAAUCAGAGAAAAGGCAUAAAUAUUCCAGCAGACCAGCCAAUUACUAAACUUCAGAAUUUAGAAGAUGUUGUUGUCCCUACUAUGGAAAUUAAGGUGGACCCCACAGGAGAAUAUGAAAAUCUGGUGACUAUACAGUCAUUUAAAGCAGAGUUUCGUUUAGCAGGAGGUUUAAAUUUACCAAAAAUAAUAGAUUGUUUGGGCUCUGAUGGCAAGGAAAGGAGACAGCUUGUCAAGGGGCGGGAUGACCUGAGACAAGAUGCUGUCAUGCAGCAGGUUUUCCAGAUGUGCAAUACAUUACUGCAGAGAAACACUGAAACCAGGAAGAGGAAAUUGACCAUCUGCACAUAUAAGGUGGUUCCCCUUUCUCAGCGAAGUGGUGUUCUUGAGUGGUGCACAGGAACAGUCCCUAUUGGUGAAUUUCUUGUUAACAAUGAGAAUGGUGCUCAUAAGAGAUACAGGCCAAAGGAUUUCAGUGCCUUUCAAUGCCAAAAGAAAAUGAUGGAAGUGCAAAAGAAGUCUUUUGAAGAGAAAUAUGAAACCUUCAUGGAUGUUUGCCAAAAUUUUCAACCAGUUUUCCGUUACUUCUGCAUGGAAAAAUUCUUGGACCCAGCUGUUUGGUUUGAGAAACGAUUGGCUUAUACUCGCAGUGUGGCUACUUCUUCUAUUGUUGGUUACAUACUUGGACUUGGUGAUAGACAUGUGCAGAACAUCUUGAUAAACGAGCAGUCAGCAGAACUUGUACAUAUAGAUUUAGGAGUUGCUUUUGAACAGGGUAAAAUCCUUCCUACUCCUGAAACAGUUCCUUUUAGACUCACCAGAGAUAUUGUGGAUGGGAUGGGCAUUACUGGUGUUGAAGGUGUCUUCAGAAGAUGCUGUGAGAAAACCAUGGAAGUUAUGAGAAACUCGCAGGAAACCCUGUUAACCAUUGUAGAGGUCCUCCUGUAUGAUCCUCUCUUUGACUGGACCAUGAAUCCUUUGAAAGCUUUGUAUUUACAGCAGAGGCCAGAAGAUGAAACUGAGCUCCACUCCACUCCAAAUGCAGAUGACCAAGAAUGCAAACGAAAUCUCAGUGAUAUUGACCAGAGUUUCAACAAAGUAGCUGAACGUGUCUUGAUGAGACUGCAAGAGAAACUGAAAGGAGUGGAGGAAGGAACUGUACUCAGUGUGGGUGGACAGGUGAAUCUGCUCAUACAACAGGCCAUGGACCCCAAAAAUCUCAGCCGACUUUUCCCAGGAUGGAAAGCUUGGGUGUGAUACUCAGCAUGUGAAUUACCCUUUAGUUCAACCUUUAGAAAUUAUAUUUUGGCCUUUUAUUUUUAACCUACUCACAUACUUUGAAUAGGUACUAAUAUUUAACUAAGUGAACUACUUACUGUGUUUUUAAAAAAUGUUUAAUACUUGCUUCAGUCACCUAAAGAUGCUCUGAUAGUCUCAAGGAACAUCUCUUCUCUCACACUUGAAAAAUAAUUGUCAUUCAUGCUCUACUUCUAGGCUAAAUGUUUAUUUUUUCUUUUCAAGUACAUACUUGUAUCAUUUUCAGUAGAAUCAUUGAUUUAUGCUUUAGCUGCAAACGGAAGCAGCAGGAAUGCAAGAACAUCACUGACAAUUUUUCCUUUAGUAUGAACUAGAACAAAUAUACUAGCUAUCUAUGUACCAUGGUAAAGCUACAUUAAAAAUAAGAAGCAAUGUUGAAAACAAAUUAGUAUUUAAGAAAUAUGUUCAUCUUUUUCAGUAGCAAGAUCACCCACUGUUACUGAAUAAUGAAGUUGUUAUGUUAUAGAGAACAAAUUUGCAAGACACAGUUAGAAUAGUUACUGUUUUUUAAAAGUGUAUAUUGGACCUUCUCAUUCUGUUCUCUUCAUCUUUUAAGCCCUUCUGUAUUUUCCAUUGCUUUAUCUUUCUGUGGUGCCUUCAUAUCUGUCUUCUAGUUUUCUCUUGUCAGCUGUAUAUAAUCUCCUUUUUAAACUAUUCAUUGGGUUUCUUCUUUCAAAAAUUGUUUUUCAUUUCUAGCUAUGUAUCAUUCUCCAGAUCUGCCUAUUUGUUUCAGGAUGUCUAGUUUUUGUGUUUUUUUUUAACUUUUCCUUUUAUGUCACUAAUCAUUUUAAACAUCCCCAUUCUACGGUAGGAUAACAUUUCUAAUAGCUCUGUUAAAUCAAGUUCCUGUUGUUUGUAUCUGUUGAUUCUUGUAUUUGGUAGACCGUUUAUCCAUGUACUCUGUGGGAAUCUUGAGUGACCUGGGUUAAGAAUAAUUCCUUCUAGAAAAGUUUUGUGUCUGCCUAUGUCAUAUUCCCAGGGCUAUUACUGAGAGAGAACCACUCUUAUUUUAAUUUCUUGGCUUCAUGGUUUCCAGGCCUCAAGAGUAGUAUAAAUUACUCAGAGAAGACUCCCAGGCCAAGACAGACCCUCUUCCUCAUCGUCUCCCAUUCUGCUAGUAGGCAGAAUGUUUUACUGACUCCCUUUUCACUGAGGGUGUGAUCCUCCAUGUGUCCCAGCUUAUGGUGGGCAUGAGAGGAGGUGCAUUUAAUUGCUACCCACGCCCUUUUGCAAGUAAGUCCAAGGUUUCAUCAGAUGAUAAAGUAUUUCUCUGUUUUGUUGGAAGGGAAGGGUUUAGGUAUCGAGUUUGAUAUGUAGCUAGAAGUGGAACACUUUUCUGUCCCCAUACUGUCAUCUUAUCAGGUAAACAAGUAAAAUUACUGACUCGCAUAUUGAUGAAUAUAAUCCCUCUUCCAUCCUUAGUAAAAUGUUCACUGUAGCUGCAGAAAUUAAGAAAUGGGUGGUUGAACUUUCCUCUUAUUUCUACCUUACAUGCUUGUGUAAAUAGUUUUUUCUUGUGAAAGGGUUGGCAUUUCUUUCUGUUGCCAGUAGCAAGCACACACUCAUAUCUGAUCCCCCCUCUGUCCCCUCAGUCCAGAAACAAUCUUCAGAACUUUUUGUACUAUGAAUUUCUUGCUUUGGUUUCUGUAGAAAUAUUCUUAAAAUGAUUUUGCAUUUCUAAUUACAAAUGUAUCUUGGUGUAUCUUUUUCUUAGUAUUUAGCUAUUUAGUAUAUAUUAGUAGUUUUAUUAUUGAAGUGAAUCAAGAGGAUAUAAUAAACCUUGAAUGUCUUUAAGAAAGCCUUGAAAUCUUCAUGGAUGAAUAAGAAAUUAUCAGCUAGAUGAUAGUAUAAGUAAGUGAAUUUGUAGCUAAUUCUUGCUAGUUGAUGUAUCCAAAGAGCUCUGAAUAACAUCAUUAAUCCACCCUUCAGCCUUAAAUGGUAUGCCAUAAAGGCACCUGUCCUAUGCAAAUAUUCUUAUUAAUGGCUUUGAAAAAUUUACCAAAUUUGCAGGUAAACCUAGGAGAAUAGUUAAUUCACAGGUGAAAGAAUUAAGAUUCUAAAAGAUUUUUUGACAAGCUGGAAUAUUGUCUGGAAAGGAAUAGAAAUUUACCAAGAACAAAUAAGGAGUGUUUAGGUUUUUAAAAUAUUAAUCAAAGAAUAUUUGUUAUAUGCUGAGUACCUGACAUACAUUAUAUGUAGGAUGUCUUGCAAGAUUAGUGAUAUCCCAGUUAACAGCUGGAGAAAGUGGAGUUGGGAGAAAUAAUGUAACUUGUCCAAAGCCAGAAUAGAGUAAAUUGAAGGUAAAGGUUUAAUAUGGACAAUCUCUAACUUGAAAAGCUUUCAAGUGGAAAGAAUCGAGGCUUCACCAGUCAGUUGCUCACAAAGUCAGUGGAAUCCAAGUAGAAAAGUUGCUAGAAAAGCUGAUAAAUUAUAGACCAUUUGAACAGUUGUGUCCAGAUUAAGGGAGAUAAUGGCCCUCCCACCAUUCUUUGUGCUGAUCAUACCACCCCAAAGUAGCUCCCUAAUCAGUGGGUACAAAAAUCCAUCAUCAUUAUAGUAUAUACUUAAAAUAAAUGCACUUAGACAUGCUAAAAAUUUAGAUGUAGUCUAAAGCAAAUCAAAGAAGAAAAACUUUGGUCUUUUUAAAGAUUAAAGUAGGCUAGUCGUUUUUGAAAAAGUAGAAAGCUAGUAUAUUAGCUUGAAAUAUAGAGAUAUGUAUCAUUUCAUGUAUUUUAACUGAACCUUAAUGAAAUUAUAUAUUUUAUGUAGAUUUGAGUACUAUUGAAUGUAUUUCUUUACUACAAUGUUACCGAAUUCUGUUACACUGUUACCUGCUUUUGAAUAAAUAAUUAUAAAAGAAAAUGUAUGG